AUGCUUCCGAACUCCAUCAAACAGGUUUUGCGCCAAGGAGCAAAGUCCAACGUUACGGUGUAUGGUCACGUUAAGUCUGUUCGUCAUCUGAAAAACGUUGGGUUCGCCGAUAUUCUGGAUGGGUCUGGCAAAUCAAUGGCCGCUGUGUUUAAAGACCCUCUGAAAUUUCUCGAGGCUUAUCCAUUGAAAGUGGGACAAAGUAUCGCUGCAGUGGGACGAGUCACAGAAUCUCGGGGUAAAGGACAAGAGUAUGAACUCCUCAUGGACUCAGUGAAGAUAAUCGGUGACGUUCCAGAUUCCUACCCGAUUCAAAAGAAGAAGAUCAAUGUGCAGACUUUGAGGAGUCUCCCCACACUCCGGCAUCGUACCCAAACUUUGGCCUCAGUGUUGAGAUUACGGCUGACUCUUGAAGCCCGGUUACUGAAGUUUUUCGUCGAACGUGAUUUUAUCAAAGUUAAUCCACCUGUAUUGACAUCGCUGGAUUGUGAAGGUGCAGGAGAAACAUUCAAAGUGGAAAAGUCUAGCGAGUUCUUUGAAAAAGACACUUACCUUACUGUGCUGUCUCAACUACAUCUUGAGGUCUUGUCUCAACUGCUUUCACGAGUUUGGACACUUACGCCUUGCUUUCGCGCUGAAAUGAGUCACACCAAUCGCCAUCUAUCAGAGUUUUGGAUGCUCGAAGCUGAGAUAAGCUUUAUAGAUGAUGUCCAACAAUUGACUAAUUUUGUGGAAAGCAUGAUCAAGCUGGUGGUAGCUAACGAUAUCCCAGACUUGAUCGAUCUGCGUUUUGAUCCGAAGGAUCGUGAAGAGAUUUCCAGAAGAUUUGAGUUGAUGAGAGGCCAAUGGAAUACCAUAACGUACCUGGACGCAAUUGAUCUUAUUGCCAAAUAUAUGCCAGGUGAAGCCAACGUCGUAUGGGGGGACUCGAUAUCCACUGCACAUGAGAAAUGGCUCGCGGGUUCCCAUUUCAAGCUGCCAGUAUUUAUUACGGAUUACCCCCAAGAACAAAAACCGUUUUACAUGCCUAAACUGAAAAUCUUUGAUGAAUCAAGACCCACUGUGGCGUGUUUUGAUUUAAUCAUCCCCGAAAUAGGCGAGCUAGUUGGAGGCUCGUUGAGAGAAUGGCAAUUGGACCCCUUGAAGCAAGAGAUGUUGCUGAGAGGUAUGAACAUCGAUGACAUGCAGUGGUAUCUUUCUUUGAGAGAGAAUGGAACAGUUCCUCAUGGUGGGUUUGGUUUGGGAUUUGAGCGAUUAGUGUGCUACUUGUCUGCAAUGGACAAUGUUAAAGAUGUUAUACCAUUCCCUAGAGUUCCCGAAUCGUGCACCUGUUGA